AUCACGUGACCUUUGAGUUCACUUGUCCCGCAAGGUGCGAGUGACUUAGUUCUUAUCUAAAAUGAUAAUCUACAACUUAUCGUCGUUUAACUUAAGUAUUUAUUAUUGAAUUCUCUACUCACAUUCUCUCAUGAACACCCACCGAUGGAUCCCCCAGUAAACCCACCGUCAGACGUCUCCUUUGAACACCGCUCGAACGACAGAUACACACCAAAAGAGAAUAGUAAAAAGUUUGUGCUAGUUUUGACAGUUUUUUCGGCGAUCGGUGGUUUUCUGUUUGGUUACGACACGGGGGUCGUCUCAGGUGCUUUAUUACUUUUGAAAAGAGAGUUCAACUUAACAGUUCUAGAACAGGAAAUCUUCGUGAGCGUAACUAUAGCAUGUGCUUGUUUGUUUUCCCUGUUCGGUGGCUACCUCAACGACAAAGUUGGUCGCCGAUGGACUACAAUUAUUGCCAGCGUGGCCUUCACAGUUGGAGCCCUCCUUUUAGGAUUAGCUAAUGGAAUAACAUUGUUGAUGAUUGGCCGAGCCUUUCUUGGCUUCGGAAUUGGAUUGGCCUCUACCACUGUGCCCAUAUAUAUAGCAGAAUGUGCACCAGUAUCUAUACGGGGUCAGCUGGUAACACUGAACAACUUUUUCAUCACCGGUGGCCAGUUUGUGGCUAGUGUAAUGGAUGGACUUUUUAGCUGUGUCCCAGAGGGCUGGAGAUAUAUGCUGGGGCUUGCCGGAAUUCCUGCAGUAAUUCAAAUGAUAGGAUUUAUUUUUCUGCCAGAAAGUCCAAGAUGGCUCAUUUCGAAAGGACGUCACGAAGAAGCAUCAAAAGUCUUGAAAAAUAUUCGUGCCACAGACGACAUUCACGAGGAAUUUACCAAUAUUAAAGAAAGCGUCGAAAGUAAUCCAGUGCAUGGUAGUCUCAUCUAUAAUUUGAAGAGAAUCUUUCAAAGCAAAACAGUACGUCGUGCCUUAGUAGUUGGCUGCGGUUUACAGCUCUUUCAACAGUUAUGUGGUAUUAAUACUGUCAUGUAUUACAGUGCUUCGAUAAUAAAAAUGGCAGGUGUCCGAGAGGAAUCUAAGGCAAUUUGGUAUGCUUCUCUAACUGCAGCUGUCAACUUUCUGGCUGGCUUCAGUGGACUUUGGCUGAUUGAGAGAUUUGGUCGACGAAAACUGGCGAUCGGUAGCUUGACAGGUGUUUUCUUCAGUCUUACAAUAUUAGCAAUAGGUUUCCAGUUGUCUGCCAUAAAUUCACCAAAGAACUUGAAUCAAACAAAUUUAGAGAAUGACCACUGCAGCUACAGCACUUGUGAUACAUGUAUUGUGGAUGACGACUGUGGAUUUGCAUACACUGAUAAUGGACAAACAGUGAAAUUUGGUUACUGCUUGCCAAAAGGAAAUUCCUCUGAUGAUUCAGAUAUCUGUUCCACAGAAACCAAUUCUACUGCCAAUCAUGAAAUAUUUGCACUUGACUUCUGUCCUUCAGAUUAUUCUUGGUCAGCCAUUCUUGGACUUGUCUUAUACCUGAUGUCAUUUUCUCCAGGUAUGGGACCCCUUCCCUGGACUAUCAAUUCUGAGAUCUAUCCGCAAUGGGCGAGAGGUACAUGCAACUCUAUGGCCACCUCAGUCAACUGGAUUUGUAACUUAUUAGUAUCAAUGACGUUUUUAACAUUGACUGAUACCAUCACAAAAUAUGGUACUUAUUGGCUGUUUGCAUUUAUAACUGGUAUGGGAAUAAUUUUCGUCUUCACAAGUCUACCAGAAACUAAAGGAUUGCCUUUAGAAGAAGUGGAAUCUUUAUUUAAUUCUCCCAUUUGUUCCUGUGGUAAAAAAAAGAAUUACAAAGAUAUUGAUAAUGAAAAAUAAUGUCUCUUCACCAACAAUAGAGUUGAGCAUUUAGUCCUUUUGAUACCAAGCUACCUGGAAUUACCUCUUGUUCAAUUACACAAGACAUCUAUAUUAAAGGGUUCAUAUUAAAAUUUAAAACUUUUACAAUUUUAAAUAAGAACCGUUUUUUUUUAAAGUUAUGUCCCAGACACCAGCUUAAGGAAAACUUUUGCAUUUUUUUUACUUGAGCACUUAAAAUUAUUGAUUAUUUAAAAAAUCAACUGAUAUAAACGGACAGUGUAUUUUAUUGGUAAUAUGCUCAGAAAAGGAUUCGGGAAAUGUUCCAAGAAAUUCAUUGUUUAAAUUCUGUAGCAUCAUGUAUGCGUGUGUGUGUGUGAUGAAUGUGGUCUUGUUUUUGUAUAAGUGAGUUAAAACAUGUGGUAAAUUUGAAGGUUCAUGUGGAUUGACAAGAUUCAUGUGGCUGAUGUUUAGUUUGAAUAUCUAUAGAUUGCUUGCAGGAAAAAAUGUGUAUGUGUAUGUGUGUGAGUGAAUUCCAGUGGGUUGCAACUGAGCAGAAGGAAGGAUCAAAGGGCACAUGUAGGGUAAGAUCUGGAGUAAGAUGACAUUGUAAGUGAUAAUGGGUGGAGAAAAUAUGAACAUGUCAAGUGGGUUUGCUUUGAGGGAUGGGUUAGAUACCCAGCUAUAUUUAUGUGUGAAACCACUGUUAUUUUUGCUUUACUUCAGUUUGGCUCUACUUGAGCAGAUAUAUACGAUCAAAGGUAAUCUGGCCAUGACUAUCCAUCCUAUUUUCAGACAGAGUGUGUACAAGAUAAUUCGAGUGUGAUCCGAGAGAAAGAUUUGGCUGCAUUUUCUUGCUGGUUUACUAAUCCUGAAGGAGCUCUCUUGAGUCUGUUUUUGAAAAAUGAGAAAGGAGAAAAUAUGGUUGGGAAAGUUUAACUCUGUAUGUUAAUUUCUCAGGCAUCUUUAUUAAAAUCUCUCUUCUGUCUUAUUUCGGUUUUGGAUUUGGUUUGCAAGAUUCUUUAUAUGAGUUCGUGUGUUGAAGCAUAUUCUGUUGUGUCUGGGGGAGUCAUUUUCUUUUUGUGCCUUAUUAUUUAACACACUCACUGGUAAAGUUUCCAGUUUUCUCUUAUUUUUAUUUUCCUAAAAUUUUCAUUGCGUCUUGCAACCUUUUCAAUAGUUUUGUCUCUCUGUCUUAAUUUUCAAAGGUAUUGAGAUGGAAUUUUCUUGCAAGGAACUUUUAUUUUUGAUAUUUCAAUAGUUUCUUUUUAGAUAACUCAACUAAAUUUAGAAAUACUGAGAAAGUGUGUGUGUGCGUAUAUGUGUGUGUGCAUGUGUAUUUAUGUAGGUAUUGUGUUGUGUAAGAUUAUGUGUGAAGGAAAGAGGAUGCAGGUGCAGGAGUGGCUGUGUGGUAAGUAGCUUGCUAACCAACCACAUGGUUCCAGGUUCAGUCUCACUGCAUGGCAUCUUGGGCAAGUGUCUUCUGCUAUAGCCUCGGGCCGACCAAAGCCUUGU